AUGUUUUUGAACAAGUUCAAACCAUUUCAAGACUUGUCCUUUGAAGGAGGAUCCAUUACAUUGGCGUUUAAUGCUUCGAGUCAUCAGAUAAAUCAUGAAAUGAAAGCAAAUAAGGCAACAUUACAAUUCUUGGCAAAAACCAAGUCCAUUAAGGAACAGAAAUGGCGUCACUUGUCGAUCUAUACCAAAAAUCCAACUCUCAUUGACAACAUGUCUUUGAUCUUUGUCAUUUGUGGACAACAAAGUUUGGCAGGAAAUGUUGGAACCAAAGAUUCUAAGAAUUUCAGUGUUCUCAGCAGCGCAAGAUAUAAUUUGGAACAACUCACCAAAUUGGCACGAUCCAUGCAUGUUCCAAUUCUCGUGACCGAUGUCAUCAAAAAAAGCAACAGAAGGAUUCUUCCUUACGAGAUUUAUUGA